CUCGGUAAGAUAUGGCUUAAGUUUAAGUUGAUUAAUGUAAAUGUAUCCUUGUAUCGUGUACGAUGUAAAGAAGCGGCUGAUAAACGAGUAAAUAUACGUGUAACAUAAAUCAUUGUCUAUAAAGAUCUUUAUUUAAUCGUAUAUAUUGCGGCAUGACGAUUCGUAAUACUGCGAGUAAGAAACGUUAGAGUUAUCACGAUGAAGUGUCAUUACGAGAUAUUGGGAGUGCCACGAAACGCUUCCGACGACGAUUUGAAAAAGGCUUACAGAAAAUUAGCUCUGAAAUGGCAUCCGGAUAAGAAUUUGAGCAAUCCGGAGGAAGCGAAAGAACAGUUUCAACUUGUUCAACAGGCUUGGGAAGUGUUGAGUGAUCCUCACGAGCGUAGCUGGUACGACAACCACCGCGAAGCUAUUUUAAAAGGUGGUAUCGACGGAGAUUACAAGGACGACUCUAUCGAUCUCUUCCAAUAUUUCUCGACUACUUGUUUCAAGGGAUAUGGAGACGAUGAGAAAGGAUUUUACACAGUCUAUCGCAACGUGUUUGAAAAAUUAGCAACCGAAGACAUUGAAUUUGCAAAAGAGAGCGAUUCGUUAGAAGAGAUUCCAGGGUUUGGGGAUUCGCAAAGUUCGUACGAAGAAAUUGUUCAUAAAUUUUACGCCUACUGGCAAAGUUACAGUACAAGAAGAUCAUUUGCAUGGUUAGAUCCCUACGACAUAAGAGAUGCACCCAAUAGGCGAGUUGUACGUCUCAUUGAGAAAGAAAACAGAAAAAUUCGAGAUAAAGCCAAAAAGGAGAGAAACGAACAAGUGAGAAACUUGGUUGCUUUUAUACGUAAACGCGACAAACGAGUACAAGCUCAUGUAGUUAAGCUCAGCGAACGUGCAAAAGAGAAUUUGAAGAAAGUGGAAGAACGGAAGAGACAGCAGUUGUUAGAGAGGCAGAAACAAUUAAAGGAACAUAAGGUGUCAGAAUGGUCCAAAUUUUCAAAUAUAGAGGCUGAACUCAGAAAUAUCGAAGCUAAUCUUGACCAAGAAUUUGGAGAAGAUUUAUCUUCUGAAGAUGACACAGAUAAUGAAAAUGCAAUAGACGAUAAUUCUUUGUAUUGCGUAGCUUGCAAUAAAAUCUUUAAAACGCAAAAGGCGUUUGAAAAUCAUGAAAACUCUAAAAGACAUAAAGAUAAUAUUGCAACGAUAAAAGUAUCUAUGAUAGAAGAAGAUACGAAAUUUGAAAGUUCUCAAGAGAGUGACAACUCUGAGUCAGCCUCGCAAUGUGCGAAAAAAUUGGCAACAAAUUCCCAAAUCCCUGACUUUUUGUUAAAUCCUGUUCAAAGUAACUGGAACAAAACCAAUACCGAAGGCGAAACUUCGGAGGCAGAAUUAAUGUCAGACGAUGAUGAAUAUAAAGAUGUUGCUGAAUCAAAAGAUACACGUUGCACAGAAGAAUCUAAAUCUGCAGCAGGACCCUGGAUGGAUGAUUUCCAUCGUGUUUCACCGAAAGUAAUCAAAUGCGACAAUGAAUGUACAACUUCUGAAGAUGAACUUAUUUCUGACCAGGAGAGUGAAGAAAUUGCACAACCAAAGAAACAAAAAAAGAAAAGGCGAAAAAGAAAUGUUCAGAAUCCAAUAGCGGAACAAAUUAGUGACGAAGAUUUAAAUAUCAAGGAAGAUGUGUUAUUAUCAAAAAAACAACGCAAAAAACAGCAACAAAAACAGACAAUGUUAAACAACAUCGUUGACAAUAAUCAACAAUUAUCCAAUGAUAAAAUAGACGAAUGCGAAGAAAUAAUCAAAGAAACGAAUGAGACAGAAGUAUUACCUAAUAAUUUAGAAACAAAUAAUGCAAUUAAUGAAAAAUGUAAAAGUAAGAAGGCUAAAAAUGAAAAGAAGAAAUCUUUUGAAAAAGACAAUGCAAGUAAAAAUAAGAAAGGAUCGCAAAGUACCGAAAUGUCAGAUUUAGCGCAUUGUUGCGUCACGUGUAAAGUCGAAUUUCCUAGUAAAAAUAAACUGUUUGAACAUUUGAAGAAAACAGGACAUUCUGUGUACAUACCAGGUUCAAUGAAACAUAAAAAGAAUCAAGAAAAAUUAAAAGGUCAAGGCAAAGGGAAUAGUGACAAGAGAAAUCAUUAACUUUUUGCGUGUUAAAUAAUUUACAUAUUGCUUGAUUUAAUUUAUUGUAACUAGUUUAGAAAAUAUGAAAUUAUUAUUUUUUUAUUAUGUAAAUUAUUAUGUAACAUUGUAUUUUUGAUGUACAUUCAAUACAUAAUCAUUCAAUAAACACAACAAAAAUUUA